CGGGGCGUGGCUUCAAGCGAGAGGGAGGAAAAUAAAAGAAAGGAUAGGAAAGGGAGUGGAACUGGCGCCUACGGUGGCCGAAGAGGGACGCGCCGAGCCGGAGGCUGCAAGAUGACCAGGAAACUGAAGCCUAGAAUCAUAAAGUCAUUGCUCAAGGCACAUUACUCAACAGGAGAGCCAGGAUUUGAGCCCAAAUAACAGACUCAGAAGCUCUGACAGCCCCCAGCAGGAAAGGCACCUGCUGAUGGGAAUACCCAGAGUUGACAGCAAGGGCUGAGUUUUGAAGGAAGUAGGAGCUGUGAGGAGAGAAGAGAUGCGAUUCAUGCUGCUGUUCAGCCGACAGGGGAAGCUGCGGCUGCAAAAAUGGUACCUGGCCACAUCAGACAAGGAGCGAAAGAAGAUGGUUCGGGAACUUAUGCAGGUGGUUCUGGCUCGCAAGCCUAAGAUGUGCAGCUUUCUGGAGUGGAGGGAUCUCAAAGUCGUCUAUAAGAGAUAUGCCAGCCUCUAUUUCUGCUGUGCCAUCGAGGGCCAAGACAAUGAGCUCAUCACAUUGGAGCUGAUCCACCGAUAUGUGGAGCUCCUGGACAAAUACUUCGGCAGUGUGUGCGAGCUAGACAUCAUCUUCAACUUUGAGAAGGCCUACUUCAUCUUGGAUGAGUUUUUAAUGGGGGGUGAUGUCCAGGAUACCUCCAAGAAGAGUGUGCUGAAGGCUAUCGAGCAGGCAGACCUGCUGCAGGAGGAGGAUGAGUCGCCGCGCAGUGUGCUGGAGGAGAUGGGUCUGGCAUAGCCCCCGCCGGGCCGUGUGGAGAUGUGGGAAGCUGGUGGACAGGCAGGGCACGCGUGGCCCUUUCCUUGGUGGGACCCAGCUGCCCCUCUCUGCUGCCUCACCUUUUGGAGUGAGCUGUGGGCUCAGGACCCAGAAACAAUCUAUCCCUCCACCCCCUAUCUCCUGUUUUCCCUUCUCCCCACAAAGGUGUUAGGAGGUAGGAAAACGUGACCAAGAUGGGGGUGCUAUUUGGUUUUCAUUCCCUGCCUUUGAAGAACUCAACGUUACCCCAACCUUCUCCUUCCCUUACAACUGUAAAUAUAUAAAUAUGUCAGGUUAAAGGGAAAAGGGUUUCAGGACUCUUCUCUUCUUGCCCCAUGACCUACCUCCACCCUCCCCACAACCAGCCAGGGCAUCCUCUCUGCCUCGGAGGGGGCUUCUGUGUGGUGAGAGGGAAGCCCUUCCUCUCACCUGCCCCCUCCCCUUCUUGGCUACACUGGGGCCACUAUCCAGUGCCAGGGGAGGAACAACAUAGUUAAUUUUUUUCUAACCUUGCCACUUUGAGGGAAGGGAGGGUUGGGGGAAGGGCAGGCUUUAUGGGACUGGGCCCUUUCCCCUUCUACUCUGUGUUCUGGGUGAGGCAAGAGCUAAGGGGGUGGGGUAGGGAAGUGUCUGACUUUAUUUCUUUUCCUCUGAAAUAAAAAGAGAAACAUUUCUGGA